AUGUCCGCCCUCUUCAACUUCCAGUCCCUCCUCCAGGUCAUACUAUUGCUCAUUUGCACCUGCACCUACUUACACUCCACUGCCCCUGCUCUUUUGGACAACAGAAAAUCAGGUGCUUGGGGUGUCUUCUGGAAGUUUGCCCGUAUUGGUGAACGGUUGAGUCCCUACGUGGCUAUCGGGUGCUUUGUGAUGGCCUUCAACAUCUUGAGCUCGUGA